AGGUGGGUGGUUUAUCCAGGAAGCUUAUCCAACUGUUCGGGGAAACCACUGUAAACAAAAGUGUCUUUUUCAGAGUCCUUUUGCAACAGCUUACCAAAUUUAACACCUAUUCUCUUCCGUGCGCGCCCUUGUAGCUGUCGUAUGAACCUGCUGGGUGACAGUCGCCGCGUCGAAACCGGAAAAGGACAUUUGAGGCUGGACAGAUUUCCCCAAUCAAACAACCUGCAGUUAGCGGCGCCGCGUUGCCGAAACCAUGUCUGAGUUCCUUCUCCUUCUUCUCAUCGUCGUCCUUCUGCUGUGCUUCGUGGCGACCGUGGGGGGCUAUCUGAUCUACUCGGGCCUUCUGGUGGAUGUGGACGUGAAGACGGGACCACCCCCGAUUACAAAAGUGACCUUUGCUUAUAAAUUCAAAGAGGGAGCCUACAAGGACUGCGGGGCAGCCUUCACAGAGACCUGCAGCAUUGGACCCAAGCAGAGGACGAUCGGUGUCUUCUACGAUGACCCCGAGCAGAGGCCAGCGGAGAAGUGCCGCUAUGUCGUUGGCAGCAUUCUGUCUGAGGGAGAAGAGAAACCAGAUGAAGACCUGCAGAAGCUUUAUGAAAAGUUUGGCUUCAAGAUGUUUUCUCUGCCGGAAGUGAACCAUGCCGUGACCACCAGCUUCCCCAGCACCACCUCGCUCUCCUACAUCCUGGCACCUUUCAGGGUCUACCCGAGGCUCAAAUCCUACAUUGAGGAGAGGAAGCUGUCAGCCUUCCCAUACAUUGAGAUUUGUCACUCGCUUGUCACCAAUUAUAUGGUACCACUGUCCCGCCAGACUGAUUUCUUUGUUCCCGAGAUGAGGGAUGAGGCCAAAGCUGAUGCAAAAGAAGAAGACUCUGAUGAAGACCGAGGAACUGAUAUCACAGGGGCCGACUCUCACAGCGACGCCAGCUCGGGAAGCGCCGGAGUUCCCUGGGACAGCCGAGAGACGUCACUGGCCGCGUCCACGGCCGCCUCCUUGGCCUCGUCCCUCCCUCUGAGGGACGUGGUCGAGGCGCAAGGAGAUAUCAAGCACAGAGACGGGAGCGAGCGAGGCUCAGACGGCUCACUGGCCAGCGGCUCGUCCUUUGAGGAGCUCGACAUGGAUCACGAAGAGCAGGCGGGAAAGGGGGAGGAGGAGGAACAGGUCCCUGAGGUUGGGGAUGGGAACGCUGCUGAACUUUUGCAGGAGGAGGUGCAGAAAAAGGAGCCUUUAGGGGCCGACGGCGAGGAGUGAUGUUGAGAGAUAAGGGAUGUUAGCCACGUAACGGUGGCACGCUCCAAGAGAGUCUCGGUUGUUGUUGUUGUUGUUGUUGCUGGUUAUCAGCCACCAUGUUACCAUGUCGCUGGACCCGAACCCGUUCACGCCACAUUUGAGUACUUUUAUUUCACUCUUAAUCUCUAAUUAAAGCUACAUCUUCAUAUCCAAACCAUGUCGACACACGUGCCACAUCCCUCGAGGUACACUUGCAGAAUCUAAUGACAGUGAUUGGCUCUGCCAAGGAAGCAUUCAGUCAACAAUUUGGGUUUGCAGUGGUUUCAAAAUACGCUACAAAAUGGAGCAGGUAUGGUCAAACCUCAGUUCCCAAACUAAAUUAAUUUUUGCGAUGAAACAUUUUUUCCCAUUUAAAUGAAUGGUAAUACAAUAAAUCAGUUUCAGCCCCAGACGCAAUUUAUGCUAUCUUUUAUCUGCGUGGAUCUGAUUGAAAAAAAAUGUAGAAAUAAAUGAGCCAUUUAUCGCC